AUGCGCUCUCUCCUCUCCUCGUCCUUUGCGACGCUCGCCUUGGUGGGCUUGCUAUGCCUCACUCUCAACGCGAGCCCAGCCCGAGCAGUCUGCUCUGCCAAUAACAAGUGCGGCCGUGAUGCACCCUGCUGCUCGUCAUCAGGCUACUGCGGCUCAUCAGCAGAAUACUGUCUCGCCAACUGCAACCCCAUCGGCUCCCUCUCCCCUUCCUCCUGCGCAGCAAUGCCCACCUGCCAAAACACGCACAUAGACUUCACCGACAAUCGUAAGCAUUGGGUCAACCUCAAGGGCUUCAACGGCGACGCCUCUCUCGCCCCACUCACCCUCGACUCGGGCAACAUCAAGCUCACCAACGAAGGUGCCGUCAUGCAGCUCACAAAGGCCAACCAAGACGUCGGCACACAACUCUCCACGACUCGCUACCUCUACUACGGCGAAGUGAGCGCCACAUUCAAGCACACCAACAAUGCGGGCAUCGUAGGAACCAUGAUCCUCAUGUCGCCUACACACGACGAACUCGACUAUGAGUUCACGACAGCCAAUCGCCACGAGGUACAGACCAAUGCCUUUUACCGGGGUCAGACGUCGGACAAUGAUGCAAACGCAGAGACAAUUCCUGCGUCUGCUAUGGGCGGCAAGUCAUUUACCACCUCGGACUUCCAUACGUACACGAUCAAGUGGUCUCCGACGACAAUUCACUGGAGUGUCGACGGCAAGGUAGUCCGCACCAUCGCUCGCAGCUCGCGCCGCGUAGCCAAGACGAAGAAGACGGCAGCCCACUACGCCUACCCAGCUACUCCAGCUCGCGUCCAGCUGUCAAUCUGGUGUGCCGGCUGCCCGGGCAAUGCGCCUGGGACUCGAGCCUGGUCUGGUGGGAAGCCAGAUUGGUCAAAGGCAGAGAAGGUUGAUGGAAAGCAGGCAUUCACCGUCACCGUCAAGAGCCUGGAUGUCAAGUGCGACACGCCGGCUAGCAUUGGCAGCAGUCCGGCGAUGAGCUUUGCGGGUGGCGCCUUGGACUCGGAGACGGGAGAGCCGAGGGUCGUACCUACGAAGAGAAAGACGACGAUCUAG